UAAAGUAUUCAACCCUAAUCUUUCUAGAAACAGUCACUUUUCCAGAGGCACAAUGCAUCUCCAAGAGGCUUUGGUAGUGGAGAUACUCUCUAGGGUUCCUGCUGUAUCUCUGGCACGGUUGAGAUCGACAUCCAAAAGAUGGAACGCCCUGGUCAAAGAUGGGAGACUUGCUAAGAAACACUCUGCUUAUGCUCCAAGACAGUCUCCUCUGUUUAUCAUGUUGAUUGAUUCUAGGGUUUAUUUAGUGAGCAUUGAUCUCCAUAGAAUUGACAACGACAAGGCUGCUCCAUCUGCAAAGGUAACAAGUCAAUUCAGCCUAAAAGAUCCUCUUUCCAACUCUUCAGAACAAGAAGUUGAUAUAUGUAACGUCUUUCACUGCAACGGCUUGUUGCUAUGCACCACCAGAGACAAUAGGCUAGUUGUUUGGAAUCCAUGUUCUGGUGAAAAAAGGUGGAUCGUCCAACACAGGCUUGGCUACGGGGAAAUCAACCACUAUGCUCUCGGUUACGAUUACCGAUCCUCCUGUUACAAAAUCUUGAGGAUGGGUGGACAUCGUGUCCCCUUUCAAACUAAAUACCAAGUCUAUAACUUUACCUCUGAGUCGUGGAGGGUUGUUGGUGGCACUGUAGACUGUUUCAUACCACGGAUUCAGAGUCUUGGCAUAUCUGUGAUGGGAAAUACUUACUGGCUUGCUUAUUGUCGACAAGAACUAGGUGUUAUCUUACUGUAUUUUGAUUUCUCAACAGAGAGGUUCCAUAGUCUGUCUCUUCCCGAGGAUGCUCCUCGUUCUUAUUUUGAUGUGGCUUUAUCAGUUACUAGAGAAGAGCAACAGCUUUGUUUGCUUGCUGUUUGGAGCCAUGAGGUAUGGAUAGCGACUAAGAUGGAGGGUACCGGAGAUCUUUCAUGGAGCAAGUUCCUAACAGUGUCCAAAUUCGAUCUCCGCAAUCAUUUGCGGUUUUGUAUUGGGAUGAGUUUCUUGGUCGACCAGGAGAACAAAGUGGUAGUGUCUUGUAAUAACUCCGGGUUCUCCAACAACAUUAUACAGAUUGUGGGAAAGAAUACAUACAUACAUGAGGAUCAAAAGGGUGCAAAUUCUCAUGUCACACGUCUCCUCACUUAUGUUCCAGGUUUGGUUCAAAUCCAACAAGGUAUCUAGUUUUUGGAGGAGCUGGUUUGUGCAUUGUUUAGGUUGGUUCUCUCUCUUGAUAAACGCGCAUAGGUAGGCUUCAGAAAAACUAAGCAAUAUGCUUUUUUAAAGCCCAACUCAGCCAGUACACAAAACACAAGUUGUAGUAGUUUAUUUAUAUUCUCUGUUUUUCUAUAUUGUAAACAGGUUAUGUAGCAAGUUCGAGUUACAGCACAUCUUUGGUCACACAUGUUUUUUAAUCAUGAGUUCAUGACCAAUAUGGUUUCUUAUCUGUCUUUUCAUAUGUGU